UUCCAUCCCUACGCUCCUCUAUCUCACACUCUUGCUUCCCCUCCUCUCCCUCCUUACAGUGCAGUGUGUAUAUGCUCAUAGCUGCAGUAUACAGGGACACAGAGAUUUUUUUGUGUGGCACUGACAGAGACGCAUACACUCAUGCCUAUUCACAUGCUAGAAGACUUAUGUUCUCCUCACACAUGCGUGCUUUCACACAUGCCAGCUUGUCGUGCCGCUGAGAGGGGGAUGCACAACGGUGGAUGCACAAGGUGAUCCAACAGUUACCUAUCCCUCUCUUUCCUUCUCUUUCCACCAUGUCCUUUUUCCUUCUUUCCCUGUUGCUCCUCCCUUCAACCCUUAUUGCUUCUACAUCUUCUCCAAACUCUUCCACCUGUGGACCAAGCCCUGAACAAAAUGGAGAGUGUGCAGAUGGUGUUCUCCUACCUGCAUGGCUACCACAUCCCCCCUCUACAGGUGAUCGGGCAGCACGUGCCAUUGUUUACUUUGUGGCACUUGUCUACAUGUUCUUGGGAAUGUCCAUCAUAGCUGAUCGCUUUAUGGCAUCCAUUGAGGUCAUCACUUCCCAAGAACGCAGAAUCACAUUCCGACGACCAAAUGGGGAGGUGACUGUGACAAGUGUACGUCUUUGGAAUGAAACAGUUUCAAACCUAACGUUAAUGGCGUUAGGCUCCUCAGCUCCAGAAAUUUUGCUUUCCAUAAUUGAGGUAGUUGGAAGAGGCUUUGAAGCAGGUGACAUGGGCCCCAGCACCAUCGUAGGCUCAGCUGCCUUUAACAUGUUUGUGAUAAUUGGCCUUUGCGUGACAGUAGUCCCUGAUGGUGAGAGUCGUCGAAUCCGUCAUCCACGUGUCUUUGCAGUCACUGCAUUUUGGAGUGUCUUUGCCUAUGUUUGGCUUUUCCUGAUUUUGUCUUGGUCUUCUCCUGGAGAGGUUGAGGUGUGGGAAGCUCUCCUGACAUUCUUCUUCUUCCCAGUGUGUGUUCUGCAAGCCUGGCUGGCAGAUAGACGUUUGUUGUUUUACCGUUUUUCAGGACGAAGGGAAGGUCGAGCAAAGUAUAGGGCUGGCAAAAGCCGAGGAGUUCUUGUAGGUGCAGAAGAUACAGGUGGUCAAGAGGAUGUAGGGGAAAUGAGAAUGGCUGGUGGUGAAAGAAGCGCAGAUUUUGAAGAAGAAGAAGAAGAAGAGGAACGGAGGGAUAUGGCUAGAGUAUUUAAAGACAUGCGUCAACGAUAUCCUGGAAAAGACAUGGAACAAUUGAUGGAGUUGGCAAAUUACCAGGCACUUGUGCAGCAGCAAAAAAGCAGAGCAUUUUAUAGGAUUCAGGCCACAAGGAUGAUGAUUGGUGCAGGCAAUGUACUAAAGAAGCAUGCAGCAGAUCAAGCAAGGAGGGCUUUGACAGAUGGUGGAUCCAGAGAUGGUGAAGGGGGUGGGAGAGGGGAGGAAGAGGAACGUUGCACAGAGAUGGAAUUUGAACACACGCAUUACCAAUGUUUUGAAAAUUGCGGAACAGUUAGUGUGUGGGUUUUGUGCAAGAGAGCAGAUGGUGAAGGGGCAGUUCAGGUAGAUUACAGGACUGAAGAUGGAACAGCCAAUGCAGGGUCAGACUAUGAGUUGGCAGAGGGCACACUUGUGUUCCAGCCUGGAGAAACUAAGAAGGAGCUACGCCUGGGUAUCAUUGAUGACGAUGUAUUUGAGGAAGAUGAACAUUUCUAUGUGCAACUGAGCAAUCCACGCAGGGCAAGAGGUGCAAGGGAAGGAUCGAGUAGAGUAAAGCUGGGUACUGGGAGGAGAGCCACAGUGACUAUAUUUGAUGAUGAUCAUGCUGGUAUCUUUAGCUUUGAGUCAGGAAGUAUGCGGGUGAGUGAGAGUGUUGGCACCAUGAGGGCAAAAGUGGUGAGGGGAUCAGGAGCAAGGGGAAAAGUUGUCAUACCUUACAGGACCAGUGAGGGAACUGCAAAAGCAGGAGAGGACUACCUGGAAAUGGCUGGAAAAGUGGAAUUCCAAAAUGAUGAGACCACGAGAUUCAUUGAGAUAAAGAUAAUCGAUGAUGAAGAAUAUGAAAAAAACAAGAAUUUCUUCAUUGAACUCGGAGACCCAGAAAUGCAAAGAGGAGGUGAACAUGGUGAAAAAUGGGUGGUGCCUAAUAAAGGUGAUGAGGAAAUUGCAGGGAGUCCCAGCUUGGGUGAACACCGCAAGAUGGAAGUCAUAAUAGAGGAGUCCUAUGAGUUCAAGAGCACGGUAGACAAGCUGAUUAAAAAGGCAAACUUGGCUCUGGUUGUUGGGAGCAGCAGUUGGAGAGAACAGUUUGUGAGCGCAGUCACUGUCAGCGCAGGAGAUGAUGAUGAUGAGGAGAGCAGUGAGGAAGGGCUACCCAGUUGCUGUGACUACAUCAUGCAUUUCCUGACCGUCUUCUGGAAGGUUCUCUUUGCCUUCGUGCCCCCCACUGAAUACUGGGGGGGCUGGGCCUGCUUUCUGGUCUCCAUCUGCAUCAUUGGGAUCCUCACUGCUGUCACUGGUGACCUGGCUGCGCACUUUGGCUGCACUGUUGGCCUCAAAGACUCCGUCACUGCUGUGGUCUUUGUUGCUUUGGGUACAUCUGUACCAGACACAUUUGCCAGCAAAGUGGCAGCCGUUCAGGACCCUCAUGCCGAUGCCUCCAUUGGUAACGUGACAGGUAGCAAUGCCGUCAAUGUCUUCCUGGGCCUAGGAGUGGCGUGGAGCAUUGCUUCUAUUUAUUGGGCAGGGAAGGGCCAGAGCUUCCAUGUGGCCCCGGGAAGCCUGGCUUUUUCUGUCACCCUUUUUACAGGUCUGUCUAUUGUCUGCCUCUGUGUUCUCCUUUACCGCAGACGUCCUUCAAUUGGUGGAGAACUUGGAGGUCCACGAAUUCCGAAAAUGUUGACUUCUCUUUUUUUCCUUGGGCUGUGGCUGGUGUACAUCUUACUGGCCUCACUGGAAGCUUAUUGUCACAUCCCUGGCUUUUAAAUAUUUUGUUGUCCUACGGAAAAUUAAUUUGGCUGGGCAUAAAUUAAAUUUGUCUUCCCCAGAUACUUUUAUUGGUUAAUAUACAACUUUUUAACUUUCCAUGGGACCCAACAAAUUGCACAAAUGGGACAACUAUUAGACAAGGGUAGUAGCCUUGGACAACAUAUAAUUGCUCUCCACAAUGUUAUCUUCCCAGGUUCAUUCUCAUUCUGGGGCAAUUAUAUGGAUUGCAGAAACAAGGACAACAUGAAAAGUAUUUGUCCUGCGUUUGGGCAUUUCAUUAUUACAUAUCUAUGGAGAGCACUGUUAUAUCCGAGGUUUUUUUUUUUUUGGACAAAUCUUACUGUUCUAUAUUGGGAUUGUUAUGACUCUAUUAGGCAAUAAAUAACAGCUACAUUGAUGGAGUCCGACUCUCUCAGCCAGAAAUGUUUCUCCGCUGCCAGGUGCAGUUGAUGAGGGAUAUUCCUUCUACAGGAAUCAGAACUUCCUGGCUUUACGUUUCCUGAGGCUACUGAAGUGACACAAACUGACAAAACAGAACAACCAUAUUCAGGGCUUCCACUGACCACUCUGGCCAAAAUGGGGUCUUCCUUUGUAAGGAACGGCAAUGGCAUUGGGGAAAAGUGGUGAUAGAUAAUAGGGCAAGUCUUAUUCUGGGCCACAAACAAGAUCCCCAAUAUAAUAGAUGGCAUAGGACUUGGUGUCUUGCAAUGCCAGACAGUAGAGGUCUACUAGACUUAAAAUUCAAGUUGCUUCAAAUCAAAGCGCUGUCAUCAACAUUCACAAAACUCAUGCUAGAUAUUAGUAACAAAUGAUACUUGAUGUAUAGGGGAUGUUUUUUUCCUAUGUUUACAAAACUUCUGGUUUUAGGUCUUUUGUUGGAAGUUAUUUAGGUCUUGAUCUAGAUCUAGAUCUCUAAUGAAAACUUCCAGCUAAAUAAAAUCUGGAUUGUUGUUAGAAUCUAGAAAUAGCGAAAUACAGUAUAUUUGUGAAUGUUAGUUGGUGCUCUUUUAUAUUUGACAUUCUUGUAUUUUAAGUUGCAUUGUCAAUUCAAAGCAAAAACUAGUUAUGGGCAUUGGUAGAGAGAGAGAAUUAUGCUUGUACUAUGGGAAAUAUGAAGAGGGGAUGGACUCAUUAUACAGAGGGAUAUAGAGGCCUAUAAUACUUAGAGAAAUGAGUGGGUGUAGCAGACACUGACUGAAUGCACAUUGAAAGAGAGAAGGUGGCAAAGAUAUCAUGGGAUUAUUUUUGGCACUGUGUCUUUAAGAUUGUUUCCUUGUGAGUUACCUGCACGUAAACUCACUGUAUAUUCUUUAUAAAUAAUGUGUGUGCGUGUUUGGAGCAGUGUAAUGUACAUACAACAUUUGUGUGACGUCUAUUGAUGCUGUGUAGCGUGUGUCAUUAAUCUGGGGUACUGUGUUUGAAUUUUUAGUUUGUUGCUUGUGAAGGGUAGAAUAAAGAUACACACUUAAAGACGUAUGUAGGAUUGUGGAGAGUGUGGUAUCUUUGUGGUGACAUGUUGAGGUGUAACAUUACAGGACAUACUUGCUACCAGCGUGUGGCCUGUGGCAUUGUCUGACGUGGUUUGUGUACAUACUACAUAUGUGUGUUAAGCUCUUUAAAAAUGAAUGUACAUUUCCUGUUUCUAUUCACGAAACGCUAACACUUGCUGGUGAAAUUGUGGUGGUGUCAACAGGAGAGGUCUGGCACAUUAAAGAGCUAUAGUUCCACAUGGCUCUCAAGGGUCAACUACAGAUUUGAAGGGAAGCUGGUCAGUUACUAAAGACGAUGAUCCCUACUUUUCUCUUUGGUAUGUUUUCCGUUACCAGACUUUGGUAAUAUAGAACUUUAUUUUUAUAACUGUUUAAAUGUCUUCUUAAAUAUGGCAGCUCAGAUUUUACAUUUAAAGCAACAAAUCUUUAGGGACUGUUAAAAGCUGUUAUAUUAAAAUGAGACACCUUUACCUGAAGCCUCAAUGGGGUAAUCAGUAUUACCUUUCAGUAUUGUGUGAGUGCCUUGUUCCUGUACCUGGUGCAUGUCAGUAUGUUGUGCACUGUGUAACAUAACAGUUUGAAAGGUUUAUUUCCAAAAUUGAAAAAGUACAAGUAUAUAAAAGACUAAGGGGAACAUUUACUAAGCAGUGAUAAGAGCGGAGAAG